UGUCAUAUGUCAACGCCGGCUACCACGUCACGCAGGCAUUUGUCACAUCGCGAUAUUUUUGUGGCUCUUUAGGGUGUGUGCAUUCUUAAUGUGUGUUGUGCUACUUAUGUGGAUUAUUAGGUGAUAUUCUUCUUUUUAACGGAUAGUGAUCCCAAACCGCCAAGAUGCCGAAAUCGAUGAACGUCCGCGUGACGACGAUGGACGCGGAACUGGAGUUCGCGAUCCAGCAGACGACCACCGGCAAGCAGCUCUUCGAUCAGGUGGUGAAGACCAUCGGCCUGCGAGAGGUGUGGUUCUUCGGCCUCCAGUAUACCGACUCCAAGGGAGACCUCACCUGGAUAAAGCUGUACAAGAAGGUGAUGCAACAGGACGUCAAGAAGGAGAACCCGCUGCAGUUCAAGUUCCGAGCCAAAUUCUACCCGGAAGACGUCGCCGACGAGCUCAUCCAGGAGAUCACACUCAAGUUGUUCUACCUUCAGGUCAAAAAUGCAAUCCUGUCAGACGAAAUUUACUGUCCACCAGAGACUUCAGUACUCUUGGCUUCUUACGCCGUGCAAGCCCGACAUGGGGACCACAACCCGUCCAUACACAGCCCCGGGUUCCUGGCUAACGACCGCCUGCUGCCACAGAGAGUCACAGACCAGCAUAAGAUGUCCCGCGACGAAUGGGAGCAGAGCAUCACUAACUGGUGGCAGGAGCACCGCGGCAUGCUGCGGGAGGACGCCAUGAUGGAGUACCUCAAGAUCGCCCAGGACCUGGAGAUGUACGGCGUCAACUACUUCGAGAUCAGGAACAAGAAGAACACCGAGCUGUGGUUGGGCGUCGACGCUCUGGGGUUGAACAUCUACGAGAAGGAUGACAAACUGACCCCCAAAAUCGGCUUCCCCUGGUCGGAGAUCCGCAACAUAUCCUUCAACGACCGCAAGUUCAUCAUCAAGCCCAUAGACAAGAAGGCUCCCGACUUCGUCUUCUUCGCCCCCCGCGUCCGGGUCAACAAGCGCAUACUGGCGCUUUGUAUGGGGAACCACGAGUUGUAUAUGAGGCGUCGUAAGCCCGACACCAUCGAUGUGCAGCAGAUGAAGGCCCAGGCUAGAGAGGAGAAGUUGGCGAAGCAAGCGCAGAGAGAAAAAUUGCAACUUGAAAUCGCUGCCCGCGAGCGCGCGGAGAAGAAACAGCAAGAAUAUGAAGACCGACUUCGGCAAAUGCAAGAGGAGAUGGAGCGCUCACAGGCGAAUCUGCUAGAAGCCCAGGACAUAAUCCGGCGGCUGGAGGAACAACUGAGACUCCUCCAAGCAGCUAAGGAGGAGCUGGAGCAGCGGCAGAACGAGCUGCAAGCCAUGAUGACACGGCUCGAGGAAACCAAGAACAUGGAAGCGGCGGAACGCGCCAAACUCGAAGAGGAGAUCCGCACCAAACAGGAGGAGGUGUCGAGGAUCCAGCAGGAGGUCGAGAUCAAGGACUCGGAGACACGCCGCCUCCAGGAGGAGGUCGAGGAGGCUCGCCGCAAGCAGGACGAGGCGGCGGCGCUGCUGGCGGCCGCCACGACGCCGUCGCACCACCACGUGAGCGAGGCGGAGGCGGGCGCGGACGGCGACGCGGGCUCCGACGCGGGCUCCGAGUCCGGCGGCGGCGAGCUGGCGCGCGCGCCCGACGACCUGGUGGACCCCGUGGCCGAGCGCCGCACGCUGCAGGAGCGCAACGAGCGGCUGCACAACCAGCUCAAGGCGCUGAAACAAGACCUAGCCCAGUCCAGGGACGAGACGAAAGAGACGGCCAUGGACAAGAUCCACCGGGAGAACGUGCGCCAAGGCCGCGACAAGUACAAGACGUUGAGGGAAAUCCGCAAGGGGAACACCAAACGCCGCGUCGACCAGUUCGAGAACAUGUAACCGAUUCGGACCCGACGGCGGCACGUUACGUUACACCGGAAAAACUCGAUGAACGUUUCUUUUCUCGAAAUGUUUUUUUUUUUUUUUUUGCGUUUAAAUUUUUUUUUCGUCUCGUCGUAAUAGGGUUAACAAAUUUUUAAGUUUGUACUUAACUCGUGCGUUACCGUAACGCCUUUGCUGUUGGAUUUUAUUAUCAGUGACCUAAUAAAGUAAUUGGGGAAUUCUCUCGAAAAUUAUUAAUGUAUCUUUUUUUGUGAGCUGUAUGUGUUUACGUCAGCAUUAUUUUGAGUAGUACAUAUUUGAGAAUUUCAUAUCAUUUUGAUUAUUUAGAAUUUGUUGUAGGUAUGUGAGGUAUUGUGCGACAUAAUCAGCAAUCGGUGAAUUGAAAAAUUGUAGCUGAAUAAGUUGAUUGAUUUUUAUUAUUUUUUUUUUAAUGUUUAAAAGUACAGAACCUGUAAGUAGUAUUUCUAGGGUAAACGUUUCGAGAAAAGGGACGUAAUGAGAGAAAGAUAAAAAGUUAUCAAGGCCGUUAAAUAUGACGUUGGAGACUAUUGGCCGAGUUGUGUAAGGAUUAUUCUGGAGACAAAAUCGUUUUGAACUUUAAACUUUAAAUUUGAUGAUUCAUGUUCCAAUAUUUUUUAGUUACUUCCUAACCGUUAAAAGAGUGAUUUCAAAUGAUUUUCAACAGGAUAAUCCUGAGCGCCAUUUCUCUCACAGAUACGCAUCGCCCCGAACAAAUGGUGCCAGAAUCGGGACGAGUGUACAAACUGUUAUUUAUCGCGUUUUGUGCGCGGCCGCCGUGUAAUGGCGUCACAAUAAACGCGCGUUCCGAACGCUCCGACGAGCGGCCGAACGCCUCCCCAGGCCCUGUAAAUAUUGAAUAUUACUUAAUAGUAAUUUUAUUUUAGACCGUAAUGUGCUAUAACCGAUACUGUACACAUUAUACAAUACUUGAGAAUCGUGUCGUAUAUAUUUUUAACAUUCGCAAAUGAAAUCAUUUAUAUAAAGCACGCGGACUUUCAUUAUUAAUAUAUAAUUUUAUAUUUAAGUGAUUCGGUAUAUAAUUUUAUUCAAUAAUCGUAUUGAGACGCCUCGACAGUUCACUUGUUUAGAUUCGUUUUUAUUGUAGUUCGCCUGUUUCAUGUUGAUUUAUCUAGUGUUAUGUGGAGCGGUCGUGUUAGUGCGGGGUCGACGUGAGCACCUUGCGGGUCGCUGCAGCCGACUGACAGUCAGACAGCAAUCGGAAAUGAUAGUUCUUGGACGGAGAGUGCUAUAGUUGGUGAUUUCGGCCUAGCGGCGUUCGGUGUAGAGUAGUGACGCGUCCAACACCGACGUUAUUCGCGAGUUUUGCUCAAACAAUGUCUGAAGUGUGUUGUCCGCGCCGCGGGAGAGGGAGGGGGAAGCCCCUUAUUUAUUUUUAUAAUCAUUUAUAUUGUAGUUGUAGGAGACGAGCAAGUCCUGUCACUGAUAUUAGAGCGCCCGAGGCGGCUCGGACCGGCCUCGAACCCGUCCCUCGUUGGAUAAAAAUUCCUGAACAAAAUUCGAAAUAGCUACACUACACAAUACUUAUAGGGAGUAUAUAAUUUUUAUUUUUUAAGUGAAUAAAAGGCAUUCCAUAAGUUACGAUGCGGUGGCGUGUACUUGGUUUUGAUAAAAUUAAAAAUAGUUGCAAUAAUUUGUUUCGUGUUUUGUUUUAUACAUAAGUGCCAUCCGUCGCAUUCAGCUCAGCGGAGCCCGGGGCUCCGGAGACUCCGGGCGCCAACAACAGUAUUGAGCUAUAUUAUCUUGUCAUUAUUUUCUAAAAAUUAUACAAUACCAUGUUGCCUUUCAAUCUAGGACGAAAUUUUUUUCCAAUAAAAUGUUUAAGUAAAUAAAACAAA